CUCCUGACGUACGCGUACGAGGGGAACCUGGAGGGAACCAAGAGGCUCAUCAGCAACGGCGUCUCCGUCAACGCAGAGGACUACGAUCGCCGCACGUCCCUCCACCUGGCGUCCUGCGAGGGUCACCUGCACAUCGUGCAGUUCCUGCUGGAGAGCAAGGCGGACCCCAGUUCCAAGGACAGGUUCGGGGGGACCGCUUUGCAGGACGCGAUCAGGCACGGGAAGAUGAGCGUGCAGACGUGUCUCAAGGAGCAUGGCAGCCGCGUCGUGGGCAUCGACACGGCCAUUAUGAUGUGCGAGGCGGCGGGGAGAGGAGAUCUCUCUACCAUCCAGACGCUCCUCAGCAACGGGGUGAACCCCAACUUGCCCGACUACGACGGGAGAACGGCCCUGCACCUGGCGGCCUCCAACAACGCCAUCCAGGUGCUCGACUUCCUCCUCCACUUUGAGCCCAAGGUCGAUCCCAACCCGAUCGACAUCACAGGAGGAACUCCCCUGGAUGACGCCAUCCGCCAUGGCAACGAGGUCGCAGCGAAGAUGCUGGAG